AGCACACAUGGGCAAGCGUGCUGCCUCUGCCUCGGCGUCGCCGUCGUCGCGCUCGCCGUCGCGCUCCGCCUCGCCCGAGCGUGCGCCCGGCGUCGUCGUCGCUGUCGAUGCCGACGACGCUGCGCCCGCCGCCGGCGCGGCCUCCGCGCGCAAGCGGCGCCGCACGCUGCCGUACGAGGCCCUCUACCUCGCCGGCCUGCCCGACGCCUCGCGCUACUACAAGUCGCUCAUGCACCGCGACACGCUUAGCUUCGUCACCCUCACGCCGCACUCGCACUUUCUCGUUACCGCCUCGGCCGACGGGCACGUCAAGUUCUGGAAGAAGCAGGAGGUCGGCAUCGAGUUUGUCAAGCACUACAAGGCGCACACGGCGCCCAUCACGGCCGUGGCGUGCAGCGCAGAUGGCGCGCUGUAUGCCAGUGUGGGCAAGGACGGCAGCGCAAAGGUGUUUGAUGUGGCCAACUUCGACCUCAUCAACAUGCUCACGCUGGGCUACACGCCAAGGGCAUGUGCAUGGGUGCACAAGGGCGGCCGGGCGGGCUCGGUGCUGGCCAUUGCAGAGGAGGGCUCGAACGUCAUCCGCUUCUACGACGGGCGGGGCGACGGCACGCCGACGGCGGUAGUCGACUCGGUGCACCGCGCGCCUGUGCAUCUGCUGGCCUACAACCAGGUGUAUGACACGAUCGUGUCGGCCGACAUCUCGGGCAUGGUCGAGUACUGGAGCCCGCGGGAGCCGUACGAGCUGCCGAAGGGCAACGGUCUAUGGGAGUACAAGAGUCAGACAGACCUCUUCGACUUCAAGAAGUCGAAGUCGGUGCCGGCGACUUUGACCUUCUCGCCGGACUACCAGCGCUUCAACACGACGUCGCCAUCAGAUCGGCAGAUCCGCGUCUUCAACUUCGCGACGGGCAAGCUGCUGCGCAAGUACGACGAGUCGCUGAAGAGCAUCCAGGAGAUGCAGAGCAACGGCGCAGCCGCGACGAAGCUCGACGACAUGGAGUUUGGGCGGCGGCUGGCGCUCGAGCGCGACAUUGACGCGAGUGCCGACGGUGCGGUGGGCGACGCGGUGCGCAGUGCCGGCGGCGCCAUGACGGCCAACGCCGUCUUCGACGAGAGCGGCAACUUCCUGCUGUACGGCAGCAUGCUCGGCAUCAAAGUCCUGAACAUCGUGACCAACAAGGUCGCAAUGCUUCUCGGCAAGGACGAGACAAUCCGCUUCCUCAACGUGUCGAUCUUCCAGGGCGCCGCAAAGCGGACAGUCAAGAGCAUCGCUCUUGCCGCGUCCGAGAACCCGCUGGCGCAAGAGAAGGACACGCUCGAUCCGACACUCUUCUGCACUGCCUACAAGCGCGCACGAUUCUACCUGUUUACCAAGCAGGAGCCAGAAAGCGAUCCGCGGUCACGCAAUGGAGCCGAGCGCGAUGUCUUCAACGAGAAGCCAACGCGUGAGGAGCAGACUAUCGCCUCGGCGGCGCCCGGCGCCAAGCUGCGGUCAAAGGUGGCCUCGACAGCCGUGCUGCACACCACGAUGGGCGACAUCCACCUGCGGCUCUUUGCGGACCAGGUGUCUAAGACCGUGGAGAACUUUGUGGGCCUGGCACGCAAGGGCUACUACGACAACGUGCUCUUCCACCGCGUCAUUCCCAAGUUCAUGCUGCAGACGGGCGACCCGCUCGGCGACGGCACGGGCGGCGAGAGUCUGUGGGGACGGGAGUUUGAGGACGAGUUCAAGAAGGAGCUGCGGCACGACCGCCCGUACACGUUGAGCAUGGCCAAUGCAGGCCCGAACACCAACGGCAGUCAAUUCUUCAUCACCACCGUGCCGACGCCGUGGCUGGACAACAAGCACACCGUCUUUGGGCGCUGCGUCGCGGGCCUGGACGUGGUGCACGCCAUCGAGAACGUGCGCUGCGACAAGUCGGACCGGCCACGCGAGGACAUCAAGAUUCUCAACGUCACCAUCGCAUGAGGCUGCGCAAUGUAUCAUUCUUCACCUCCG